GGUUUUUGUUUGGCUUUUAUUUAUAUUUUUUUUUACGGUGUCCAAAAAACAAACCACAAUGUUGGGCUAAAUUUAGCCAGAGAGCCUAAAUAGAAAAAGUUUGUUUUCGAAAAUGCAGCUAUAACAGCAAAAAUCAGUGUAACCAAAUCAAAAGCAACCACUUAUUUGUUAUUUUGUUUGAUUUAAAUGAAAUUAGGCAAUGUGACUGUGAAGCGCGAAGACAAAAAAGUUAAACAAAAAUAAAAAGUGAUUUAAAACACUUUAACUCCCCAAAACUGUGCUCAGCUUGGGACACACUUAACUAAUUCUAAAGAACUAGCAAGAAAAUACUCUAAUCACUAGAGUAUUUAAUAGACAAUUAAAAACCUGAUGGCAACAACAACAACAACCCAGGCAGCAGGAGCUGCACCAGCUCACAAUUUAUUGCCAGCCGCCGCCAGUAGCAAUAAUAAUACAAAUAAUACCCUUAACAACAAUAAUAACAACAACAACAGUAACAACAACAAUAAUAAUAAUAAUAAUAAUAAUAAUAACGUGACAAGCCAGCCCAUAAAAAUACCGCUGAGCGAACGCUUCUCAUCGCAAACGUCGACGGGUUCGGCGGACAGUGGAGUAAUUGUUUCCAGUGCAUCGCAGCAGCAACUGCAGCAGUUGCAAUUGCCGCCACCGCGCAGCAGUAGUGGCUCAUUGAGCUUGCCGCAGGCGCCACCUGGCGGCAAGUGGCGUCAGCAGAAGCAGCAGCGUCAGCAAUUACUGCUCAGUCAAGAUAGUGGCAUCGAGAACGGUGUUACGCGGUCAAAGGUCAAGGAUUCUCAGGGCGGUGGUGUGGGAAAACCUGGUCACAAUGCCAUCAACUCAAAGGAGGCUGGGAACAGCAGCAGCGAAAGUCUGGGCAGCAAUUGCUCCGAGACGACUGCUGAGGAUCAGCAGCGGAUAAGGGCCUCAUCCGCUCUGGAACUCAGUAGCAGUAGCAGCGUGGACAAUCCCGUGGUCAUUGGUGUGGGCAGCACUGUGGUGGGCAACAACAUCCUGCGCAGUCGCAUUAAGUACAAGAGUACCAAUAGCACCGGGACCCAGGGAUUCGAUGUGGAGGAUCGCAUCGAUGAGGUGGAUAUCUGUGAUGAUGACGUGGAGAUCGAGGAGGAGGACGAUGGCGUCAAUGUGGACGACGAUGUCGAGGAGGCCGACAACCAGUCGGACAGUCAGUCGGGCAUAAUAAUAAACCUCAAGAGCAAAUCGGAACAAGAGGAGGAGGAGGCCAAGGAGUCGGAGGUUAAACCCAAAACCCGAUUACUGCCACCUGAUCAGGCGGAACUUACAGUGGCAGCGGCAGCGGCACGUCGUCGCGAUGCCAAAAGUCUGGCCACCGAUGGCCACAUUUACUUUCCCCUGCUCAAGAUCAGCGAGGAUCCGCACAUUGAUUCCAAGCUGAUCAAUCGCAAGGAUGGCCUUCAGGAUACCAUGUAUUACCUGGACGAGUUCGGCAGUCCCAAGCUGCGAGAGAAGUUCGCCCGCAAGCAAAAGCAACUGCUGGCCAAGCAGCAAAAGCAGAUGAUGAAGCGGGAAAGGCGGAGCGAGGAGCAGCGCAAGAAGCGAAACACCACCGUGGCCUCCAAUUUGGCGGCCAGUGGUGAGACCAAAGAUGAUGAACAACAACCACACUGUGAUACUAGCUCUAGGAGCAAACAUAACUCGGUACCCAAUCCACCCUCUAGCCAUGUUCAUCAUAAUCAUCAUCUUGUUGUGGAUGUGGAGGAGGAUGUGGAUGCCACCAAGCGUGACGUGGGCCAGGUGAAGAUGCGCCGCCACAGCCACGACAACCACUACGAUAGAAUCCCCCAGAGCAAUGCAAACACCAUCACCACCACCACCCGCCCUAAAAACGAUCAUCAGUCGCAGGACCAGGACAUCGAGGACAUCGAGCAGGGAGCCGAGCCCGAACUCGAAGGAGAUGCCGAUGCGGACAGCGAUGAGAGCGGCGAGAACGUUAAGACUGCCAAAUUGGCCAGAACACAGUCCUGCGUCAGUUGGACCAAAGUGGUGCAAAAGUUCAAAAACAUAUUAGGCAUGAAGCAACUGAUCGGCAAGCUGAACGACCUGUGGCCCGAGCACAGUGUUGCACUGUCCAUUCCAAAGGAGGUCGAUAGGAGCAAGGAGAAACUGGAGGGCGCCUGGGAGACCACAGGUCGCGAUGGUUCCAAAAUUACAACAGUUGUUGCAACACCCGGCCAAGGCACCGAUCGUGUACAAGAGGUCUCCUAUACAGACACAAAGGUCAUCGGCAAUGGCAGCUUCGGGGUCGUGUUCCAGGCAAAGCUCUGCGACACCGGCGAGCUGGUGGCAAUCAAAAAAGUUUUACAAGACAGACGAUUUAAGAAUCGCGAAUUGCAAAUAAUGCGCAAACUGGAGCAUUGUAAUAUUGUAAAGCUUUUGUACUUUUUCUAUUCGAGUGGUGAAAAGCGUGAUGAAGUAUUUUUGAAUUUAGUCCUCGAAUAUAUACCAGAAACCGUAUACAAAGUGGCUCGCCAAUAUGCCAAAACCAAGCAAACGAUACCAAUCAACUUUAUUCGGCUCUACAUGUACCAACUGUUCAGAAGUUUGGCCUACAUCCACUCGCUGGGCAUUUGCCAUCGUGAUAUCAAGCCACAGAACCUUCUGCUCGAUCCGGAGACGGCUGUGCUGAAGCUCUGUGACUUUGGCAGCGCCAAACAGUUGCUGCACGGCGAGCCGAAUGUGUCGUACAUCUGCUCUCGGUAUUACCGCGCCCCCGAGCUCAUCUUUGGCGCUAUCAAUUAUACAACAAAGAUCGAUGUGUGGAGUGCCGGUUGCGUUUUGGCCGAGCUGCUGCUGGGGCAGCCCAUCUUCCCUGGCGAUUCCGGUGUCGAUCAACUCGUCGAGGUCAUCAAGGUCCUGGGCACACCGACAAGAGAACAGAUACGCGAAAUGAAUCCAAACUAUACGGAAUUCAAGUUCCCACAAAUUAAGAGUCAUCCAUGGCAGAAAGUUUUUCGUAUACGCACUCCUACAGAAGCUAUCAACUUGGUGUCCCUGCUGCUCGAGUACACGCCCAGCGCCCGGAUCACACCGCUCAAGGCCUGUGCACAUCCGUUCUUUGAUGAGCUGCGCAUGGAGGGCAACCACACCUUGCCCAACGGUCGCGAGAUGCCGCCGUUGUUCAACUUCACAGAGCAUGAACUCUCGAUACAGCCCAGCCUAGUGCCACAGUUGUUGCCGAAACAUCUGCAGAAUGCAUCCGGGCCUGGUGGCAAUCGAUCUUCGGCCGGCGGAGCAGCCUCCGCUGCGGCCAGCGGCUCCACCAGCGUUUCGUCAACGGGAAGCGGCGCCUCGGCGGAAGGAACAGCCGCCCAAUUGACACAGUCGCAGGGCACGGCAGCAGCAGCUGCGGCGGGAUCGGGAUCGGGUGGCGCAGGCGGAGCUGGACAAACAGCAGCAGGAACCGGAUCUGGCAACAACAGCAGCAGCGGCGGCGGAGCCUCGGGAGCGCCGUCUGCCGUGGCAGCUGGAGCCAAUGCGCAGCAGGCCAAUGCCGCCGCCGCUGGAGGAGGUGGAGGUGGAGCGGCGGCCGCUGCUGCCACAGCAUCUGGUGCAAUGGCCGCGACUAACGCCGGCGGCGCCAAUGUCACAGGUUCGCAGUCGAACAGUGCCCUGAACAGCAGCGGAAGUGGCGGCAGUGCCAGCGGAAACGGCGAGGCGGCCGGCUCGGUAUCGGGAUCAGGAGGCGGCAAUGGCGGCGACAACGAGGCUGGCGGCGACAGUGGAGAAGCAGGAUCCGGAGGAGGAGGAGGGGCAGCAGAAACCGAGGCAGCGGCGUCGGGUUAGCGCGCUCUUCAGGCGCUCUGUUAAUGUAAUGUUAUUCGCAGGAUGUUCGCUCUGGCCAGGGAUUAAGUUUUCCAUUUUCCGGCAAGCAGCGUGAUCACCGAGACACACACACACACACACACACACAGUUACACUAGAAAACCAAAAAGUUAAGAAAAGAAUGAUAGACAAAAGGAAUUCACUCUACAAGACACCCACCCAAAACACUAGAAACCAACAAACAACACCUCCACACACCCCAAAUACACCCCACACACACCCCACACACACAUGUAUGUAUGUAUCUAGCUAUAUGCAUUGGGCGCAAGCAAAUAUUUAGCAUAAAACUCGAAAGAAAAAAAAAAAACAAAAAAUCCACUUUAAACUAUGCAUAAAUAAUAAUUAAAAUAAUAAUCUGUAUUAUUGAACAACAAAGAGAAUACCCCGGAAGAAUGUUGAGAAAUAAUCGGAAAGCCCUCACCCCUGCGCCCCUCCCCGCCCCGCCCUCCAAUAUAGUAAAUAAACAUUAAACAAAUAGCUCGCGAAACGUACUAAAACUUAAGUGAAAAAUCACAAAAGAAAAUUGAGAGAAUACUUAGUGAAAUAAAUCAAAAUUUUUUGCCCCGUUUAACGUUUAUAUAUAUGCGGUUAUACAAAAAUAUAACGAUCACAGCAGUUAGCAAUCCAUAGUAAAAAUAAAAAGGCGGCAAAGUGAGAGAGGAUAACUAGAAAAAAAGGAGGAUACAACAUUUACUAAACUCGCGCAAGUGCAUCUAUAUAAAUACGAUAUAGAUAUUAUAUUAUAUAUGAGAUAUUAACAAGACAUUCGUAAUCCUAGUAGCAACCCGACAGCCCAUGAACCGAAGUCCCCAAAAAAUCCACGCAACCUUUAAUCCUUCCCGUAAAUCCUAAUCUCGUAAACCAGGUAAAUGAAACGUUCCACGUAUAGCAACAUUUCCGUGGCCUGUUCUGAAGUAACGUCUAGCAUUAACUACGAUUAUAUAAGAAAGCGAUCGUCAAAAUGCAAUAUACACUAAAAAAAACACUAUACAUAAAUACAAAGGAUAUAACAAACUGAGCAACAAGUAAAUGGAUGUAUGAAUGAGGAAAACGCUUUUAGCGCGCGACGCCACCCAUAAACUUAAAUUAACAAUGCAAAUAAUGAGGUAAUAAGAUGGUAAAGCCAGGAUCUUGAUAUAUGUAAAAGUAAUCGACAAAAAACCAUUUAGCUGCAAUUGAAAAUUUAAACUAAUUUAAUACAAAUUGAAGUAAAAUACAAUGAAACCGUUGCUGGUUUUAGAAUGUAAGGCCUUAGAUCAACCGGAAACUCCUGCGCGACUAUAGUACUACCCCUCGGUUCGAUUUAUUCCGCUCUAUCGCUAUCCCAAUGAAAGCCACCCAGUAAAACUGUUUACAUUUCGUUUUGAAAAUCUGCGAUUAUUUCCCAGCACUUUAAGCCCUAUCAAAAAUCGAAGUAAACAAAUGAAAAAAUUAAAAGCAAAAGAAAAUGAAAAUGAAAAAGUAAAAGAAAAAAGGAAAAAGCAAGUCUAUUUGUAUGUAUUUCCAUAGAACUCCUUAAAUAUUAUAUGAGAAAAUAUUUUUUUUUUACUAACUAAAUGAUACAUUUAUACAAUUAAUGAACGUUGAGUUUUGUUGCAUCAAAACUAAUUAAAUUUAACUAUAUACUUAUAUGUACACACCCACACAAAAACACACACGUACAUUCAGACAUACUCACACGCACAUAUGCCUAUAAUUUCAAAAAAAAAAAAACAAAGAAAAAAAACAUUGGAAAAAAACCGAAGAUUUCCAACUUCAAAUCCCAAACCUUUUUAGUAAAUAAUCUAAGUAAACGGGAGAGAAGAUAUAUAAUUCACUAAAACACACACAGUUUAAUUUGUAAUUGAAAAUUUCAACAGAAGAAAAUGAAAACCCAAAACAAUAUAUAUACACACAUAUAUUGCAUAGAAAAACUUACUUAUAUAUGAUGAACAAUUUCAGCGUUUCGCUUAAAUUAUGAGGCAACAACCACAUGAAAAAUCCAAAACAGAACUUAAAUUUAAUUAACAAAUAAACACAAACAUAAACUAAUUGCAAAAAUAAAAAAUGGGGAAACCAAAAUUGAAAGACGAAAUGAUAAUGAACAUGAAACACAAGAAAAAUGCGUAAAGAAAACAUUAAUUUAAAAACAAUAAAAAUUACAAACAAAAUUAUA